GGCUCCGGGUUUGCCAGGAGUCCACAACAUCGUCUCCAACAUACGCUGGAUGUGGCGGUCCUAGAGCCAGGGAGGCAAACUAUUCAUCUUUUUUUUAAAAAGACAUAAUUGUCUUGAAUAAUUAAUUUUAGACAGCAUUCAUGAAAUAGCUUGACAUACAUAGCAGAAUAAAUUAAUAAUGAUUUCGCCGUGGGACCGGUGGUACUCGACGAGCUGCUGUCUUUGCUGCCAUGUACGGACAGGCACCAUUAUUCUGGGAAUAUGGUAUAUGCUCAUCAAUGCGGUGGUCCUACUCAUCUUGUUGUCGGCUCUCAAUGACCCAGUUCAAUACCGCUACCACCUUACCAGCUCUGAGCUGGGCACCGACAUCGACGUCAUGGACGAUGCAAACAUCUGCAUAGCCACCGCAAUAUCCCUACUCAUGAUUCUUAUAUGUGGCAUGGCAACAUACGGUGCUUACAAGCAACAUGCAGCUUGGAUCAUUCCAUUCUUCUGCUACCAAAUCUUUGAUUUUGCCCUUAAUACACUGGUAGCCAUUAGUGUGGUGGUUUAUCCCAACACGGUGCAGGACUACCUCCAGCAGCUGCCGGGGACAUUCCCUUACAAAGAGGACAUCAUGUCCACCAACAACAUGUGCCUAGUUUUUGCAGUCCUCCUUUUCAUCGGAUGCAUCCUCUCCUUCAAGGCCUACCUGAUCGGCUGUGUGUGGAACUGCUACAGAUACGUGAGCGGCAGGGGCACCACUGAGGUCCUGGUUUAUGUCACCACCAAUGACACCACGGUUCUGCUCCCACCGUACGAGGAGGCCAUCGCUAUGCCACCGAAGGAGGCCCCCCCCCAGUAUAUGGAGGCAUGAGAGGCGUCCUCGGUCCUGGAUCAUAUACCGCCUACUCAAACUACCCCCAACACCUACCAUAUCUCCCUCCAACAAUAGGACCCCGACGCUGGCCACAACAUGUUGAAAAGCAAGACCAAUCAAUGUGUUAGAGGCUGGUUUCAGCUUGGAUUCCUGCCAAGUUUAGAUUAGAUUAGGCUGACCCCCUCCCAACCCAGCUUCCCACUCGCCAUACACCACCCUCUGGUUGUUGUGACGUAUUUUCCUCCCCCCUCGUGUCUUCUGUCCUCCUCCAAGGACAGUAUCACGACAACUUCAUCCUCUCCCGACCACCACCACAACCCUCCGUCUUGGCAGCUGCUGUCCCCCUGGCAGCAUCUAAACUCUUGCACACCCUGAACAUGCUGUCCCAACUUAAUUUGCACUUUUCUUUGAGUGAAACGUGCACCGGUCAGGCCACCAACUGUUAACCCCCAAUACUGUGAAUCUCCCGUGUGGUCUUUGUCUAGAAACAAACUACCUGAAGAGAGAGAGAGCGACAGAUAGCAUGAGACAGAAAAGCGACAUACAUGAUCAGUUAUGCAAGAGCACUUUUUUUCAGAAAAUUGACAAAUUCUUUCAUUGAAUGUAAUGUCAAGGUAUUUUUGUAUGACUUUUUGUAUAAGAGUGAAAAGUGAGAGCAAAUGAAGUGAGUGAAAGUGAAAGGCUGUUCUGUUGUGAUAAAAUAUCAUCUGUGUUCCGGUGUAGCUCGUCCUGCAGGAAAUCGUAUUGAAAAAGGUUCCUUGACCACUAAACAACUACGUCUUCCUUUUGUAUCCAUGGUAACACACUGUCUGUAAACCUCCAAUCCACUGACUGCCAGUGGAAAAAAAAAAACGUGUUCGCCCGUUGAUUUCUAUCACAGUAUUCCAGUUUGCCUUCCUGUCUGUUCCUGAACUCAAAAUUUAAGAAGACUGGCAUUAAUCUAAUCAUCCAGUGAAGCACUUAUCACCAACAUCAGUGUUUUACACACACACUCUCACAACACAUUCACAUCCAAAAAGGCGACACGCAUACUUUAAAAUCUAAGAUGUGUAAACAUUUGUGUGUGAAAAUGCUUCAGUGAAGACGUCUUUGUUUUUCCCGUCACGUUGCAGCUGCAACAGCAUCGUCUGUGUCUUUGUUUUUUUGGUUUUUUUUACGUGGAUCAUGGUGUAUAAUCUGAUCUUUUUAGUUGAGCUAACUUAGCUGGACUGAGGGCAUUUUCCUAUAAAGAGGCGUGACAUGCUGCUGCACAUGCAGAGACUGUGUGUGUGUCUGUGUGUGUGUGUGUGAGCGUGAGCGCGUGGGUGUGUGUGUGCAUGCUUGCCUGAGUGUUAUGAUGUAACUCCUAGGUCCUUUAUAUGUAGUACUUUUUUUCUUUUGCACAAGCAGUGAUAUCAUUUUGAGAUAUUUCCUGUGCUGGUGACCUUUUUGAAAUUAACAAUGGAUUUUAAAGUUGUGAUUUAGCUUAGUAUAGUAGCACAAAAUCAGUAUACAGUAUGAAGCUAGAUGCUUGUCUUUUGCCCGGACCUCUUUAGGCAAUAAAUUGAGACAUAAUAAUGAAACAAUAUUAGAUAUACCUAAUCCCAUUUUUCCAAUAAUUUUAAGUAGUAUUUGCUAUCAUGAAACUUUGAAUCAGAGUUACAUUUUGUCAUUCAGACUAUGCAACAGUGCAUUCAACAAUGUUAGAUCUGGAAAGUAGUAUUCCGUUUGAUACUAAUACUGUAGUUGACCAUGUAGCCAUUUGUUGGCCCCUUCAUCAUUGUCCCUUUGUGAAUUAUGACCACUGCUUUUGCAAAUCCAACAAAGCUGAAAAUGAAAUUGCACUUUAAAUUCAGCGUGAGCUCACUGAGGACUGACGUGUUUGCGUGUCUUUACCGCGUCAUGCUGUAGCUGAGUGGUUCAAAUAUGAGCAGACAGCCUCUUCUGGAUGACACAAGCUUCUAAAAUGUAAACAUCAUUAUUUGCAUCGUGCAAUGUCAGAUUCUAAUGUCAUCAAAUUCAGCUGAUUCGGCUUGUGCCAUAUCCGGACCAGCGGAUGGCUGAUUCGUGGCUCGUUUUAUUAGAAUCACUUCAAGACACUUUCCACUCAGACACAUCCUCUUGUUGGAUCUGCAUGAGCUCAUGUCUUAAAUUCUGAAUAAUAAAAAGAUAAAUCAAC